GUUGUGGAUUCACUCCAAGAACAGGUAAAACUCGUGAUCUGAAUAAGCACAUGGAUUUAACACGAUCCAGACCAUGUCAAGCUUUCUUACAACUAACACAAGCGCAAAAUGCAUCUCAUGCAGAAAACGCUACACCAGAGCAAAAUCAAUUACCA